AUGAAGCCACAGCGGACUGCAAAGCGGAAAGAAGGCGCCUCGGCCGCGCAGCGGAAUGGCGGCGGCGCCUCGGGUGGACAGCGGAACGGCGGCGGCGCCACGGCUGGGACUGCUGCUUCCAGGAGUUCUACUGCUUUGGUUGCGGCCUCGUCUUCGAGAAGGAAGGCGCCGUCGGCGGUGAUGAAACGGGCGCGGUUUGGCCCUUCGGCGGCAACGGGGCUCGUGGGCUUCAAGGAGAACGUCUACGUCAGCGACUUCUUCGACCGGCUGGGUUUCUUCCCACUGGCCAAUCAGAAGACGGUCCGACGGGCUAUCACGGAGGUGCUGUUCAGGCCCGCCGAAGAGCAGGGUUCCUUGCGGGGGGGGGCAGAGUCGAUGGAAGGCGUUUUCUCGGGCGCUCUAGCGAUUCACAAGUUCGGGUCCAACACGCAGGAGAGCAAGGCCUUCUCGUGCAUGCUGUGGUGCACAAUUGCGCUGGGCGCCAUGACCAACAACCUUAAAGUCGCCACGGUGAGGCGCUACAUUAAGCUGGCGGAGGAGGCGGUAGACGGCUUGUGCACCGAGGACGUGCCCACGGCCAAGGCGUACACGAUCAUGGCCAUGGUGUACGCGUGGCAAGACAACAGCGCGCUGUUUGCGGAAUAUCUUGGACGCGCCCAGAAGUUGGUUGACAGCCUGGAUGCAUCAGAAGAAAUCCCGAUGGAGCUGACAGACAUCAUGAAAGAGCUCGAGCGGGUGCGGGUGCUGCACUACACCGAAGACGAGGAUGUCAUCCACAAGUGCUGCUACGAGGCCGACGGCGAGCCUCCCACGAUGACCCUCGCCAUGCUGAGCGACGCCGGGCUGUUCCACAUGGUUCGCUACUACACGAACGGCGUCUUCAAGGCGUUCUGGAGAGAUCUGCACGAAGUCAACUCCGACCUGCCCGCGACGACGAGGGAAGGGCUGAAGAAUUCGGCCGGCGCGCUCUACAUCCGCGCGGCGAUGCAGUUCAUGCGGCUCCCGCUCAAGACGGAUCCUGUGGAGGCGCUGAAGAGCACCGUCGUGCUCACCAAGAUCAUCUGCCAGGUCCCGGGGAUGGUUCGCUACGGUCCCCUCAAACAUUACGUACACUGCCUCGUGAUGAUGUUGAAGAGGCCGGCGAUACUCGGCGUUGACAAGGGAUCGUACGAAAAGCUUCGCAAGCUGUACAAUAGCCUCGACAUUGCUGGACCGAACAUUGAGGCGGCGGAAGACAUGGACAUGGCGAUGCUCUGCAAGCACCAGUUCUGCAACGGUAUGGCGUGGAUCCACCAGGAGAAAAUGCUCAAGGUGAAGAGAGCGCAGGCUGCGGCCGAGGCUGCAGCCGCUGCCGGCACCACCACCGCCACCGCUGUCCCUGGUCUUGGCGCUGGCGGGGGGCUCCCCGGGGGGGCUCUGGGCCCCGUCGCCUGCGUCAACGAAGAGGGUGCCGCGACCAGUACCCCACGCGGCAACGGCAGCAGCGCUCGGGGCUUGGCCGGCGGCGACGGUAGCGGCGGCAGUGGUGAUGCCGCUCCUGCCGCCUCUUCUUCCCCCCAUCUCCCGAGUCCCGGCGGCGGGGGGGGCAACAGGAUCGAUCACUUCCCGCAGGCCGCCGCGGCGGCUGCAGCUGCUGCUGAGGCGGGUGCCGCCGGCGGCGACUUGUACUCGACCCCGCCGUUCCCGCAGGAGCAGUCGCCUUUGCCCCAUCAUGCGCCGCUGUCUCAGUGCAGGUUGGAUGACCCCCUCGCAGCCGCGCCUUUCGAUGGCACGGGCGCGUCUAUGUUUCCCCCGAAGCAAGAGGGGACGGAGCCUUUCCCUCAGGGCAUGGAGGGAACAGAGAUGCCGGCGGAACUGUUCGAGUUCGCGCAGAACAAGGAACUUCUCGGGGUGGAUGCGCAUGACGACAGCCGCAGCGUCCCCGAGAUCGCCGCGAUGGAUUCGGACGCGGAAGAGUUCACGCUCGUCCCAGGGGCGGGGGCCGGGGGGGAGGGCGAUAGCCUGCACAGCAUCUUGUUCUCCCCUGGUGAAGAAUAAUGAUGCCAAAACGCCAAGGUACAGUACAGCCGAGAUUGGCGAGAGGUGGAAUCGGACUGGGACGAGUUCACGCUCGUCCCUGGCAGCACCGCCGGGGACGGGGUAGAUGGCCUGCAGAGAAUGAUGUUCACGUGACUCGAAAAGGUGCUGUCUAGAGGAGAGGCCGGGCGUUGGGUGGAUCUUGUGUGUCGUGACAUGCUCCUCUUGUCGAGGGAAGCGAUUUUUUGCCUUGGUCUGGGGAGGAAGAGGAAGAUCAUCCAUUUUUUCACGAGGAUGACGGAGGCGCAAAGAGGGAGAGCGUUGGCUUCCGGCACGUCGUCCGGGACGGGGAAACGGGGGCGGCUAGUUGGUGGCUUUUUUUGUCAUGUUAGAGAUGUUCAAGCUGUUCUGCCGCCCUUGAAUCUGCGGCCGGCUGUAGGACCGAAUCGAGAUUGUGAGGUAAACGCUUGCAUCCACAAGGGAUGGGUCGGGGGCUGGGGGAGACGGGGUUUGCCAUUGCAUGAGUUCAUCGCCAAGUGCCUUAAACCCAAGGUAGCUUUAGGGAGUAUUUCAUAUUGCUGUUACUGUAAGGGCGUGUGGGUCUGGGUAGGACAAGAAAAAGUCAACAUGUUUAGUCCAUGCGCAUUUUGUUGGAAAUUCCCUGGAAACCAUUUUGACACAUCGGUGUGGGAAAGGCUGACAGCAGUUGCCGCGGAAACGUUAGCAAGAAUGAGAGGGGGUUCGGUUCUGUCGCAUCGUUUUUAUUUGUCCUACGUACGGACCAUGCACGCUUUCACGUACUUGGCGUAACCGAGGUGUGUUUGUUUUGAUGGUCACAACAUUUGUAAGUUGAAGCAAUCGUAGGGUAUGUUUGUAAGUUCCUCCGCAAUGUAUGAAGCACGACAAAGAAGGGAUGGCAAACAGGAUAAUCACGCGAGGGGUGGGGGGGGUGGGGGGGGACUUGGCGGGGCGUACUUUCUUAGUGAAGCUUAAAAGUGUGUUGUGUCUCUUCGUUGGGUGUUAAAGGUCAGACGGAGGAGCAGGGACUCACGGGACGAAGAGUUGUACGUGUCUUUCCCUCUUUUUACAUUGGUUUGCUCUUGAAUGUUUUCGGCCUUGCUCCUUCCAUGCGGGCCUCUGCCUCACCUGGUGCCUUUCUGUUUUGUGUAUUUCCUUUCUUGUCGAAAGUUGCUGUUGCUGAUCAAACGUAGAAUUUUAGAAUGGUAAUUUCGCGUGUGAUCCUUUACCUCGGCGGUGAUGCAAACCUCGCUGCAAACACGCUUGUAUUGUUCGCACCACGAGGUGGAUACGGCGUAGGUCUCUGCUCAGUUUUUUUGUUUUGCCGUAGUCAUCAUUGUUUUUCCUGUGAAAGCUUUUGGAAAUCCGUCGUAAGCGCAGCACGACGCCCGAGAAUGUACAGCCUCAUAUCGAUAACUUGCACCUCAAGUCAACGUUGUUCUGUUGUGUGGUGCUGGAGUAGCUAUCGUUCUGGUUUGACGGUGUCACUGCUGAUGUGGCGAAAGCGAAAAAGGUGGGGUAACAGGUGGGGUACAUAUGAGGUACUACUGUAGUGUUCGGCUUGUGUGCUACCAUUGCUACAAGACGAUAGAUGCGCGUCAAUGGAGGGGGGGGAGGGGGGGGGAGAAGCUCACGAAAGUAGUAGUGAUCUUGGACAAGAGGUGUCCGACGGAGAAGAACAGUACUCCUGAGAGCGCGCAGAUAAGCGAAGCGCAGGGAUAGGUAUCUAGGGGCGAAGAAGCGGGCACUACCGUUCGUAGCGUAACCGGCGGUCGUUUGGUCGGGGUUCUUGAAGUCAAUAUUUGCGUCUGACGAUUUUUUAUCAUUUAUUUUUAUCGUUUUUCUUUUAGUGUCGAUCGUCGCCGUCCGCAGGAGCAGCACUAGCCACGUGAUAACGUGGUGGAGAACGUAACAGUCGACGUUGGUUGGAUGUAUGCAUUCGGAACAAGAAGGGCACGCUAUAUCCGGUUCCCUGAGCAAUUUUUUUUCCGGGCGAGCGCUGAGGGUUGUUUGGUUUCGGCGGCACUCAGGUCGGCACCUGGUGGUACGUACAUGUAGAAGGUAACCUGGGUGUACCUCGGCGCUCCAACGUUUCUGUCCUGCUUCGGUGGAUGCGUUGAUGUUGGUGAGAGACUGGACAUCGAUCACUCUGAAGACCAGAGUGUGUACGGUGAGGUCUGUCGUGACGUGGUCUCUACCGCAAAACCUGCCGUAGUAGCAAACGUGGCCUCGCGGCUGUUGCCGUUUGUCUGUGCGUAUGAGCUUCGUACGCGCGACGGGGACGUGAAGGGGGUGGGUGGUUAAGUUUGGGUGAGGUAGUUUUUAGCGUGGGUGACUACUUGGGAAGUUGGACGGGUCGACAUCUAUUUUCUCCUGCCUGUAAAUUCGGAGAGCACCGGCCACCUCGGGUUGGUUGCUGUUGUUUGAAAGCUCUUCUUCUUGGUGGCCAAGUAAGAUCCUGCUUUGC